UACGAAAAAUAACAUCGAACUUCAUCAACCGUAGGACCUACAAAGGAAAAUUGGAAAGAUCUUAUACGUCUUGUUAUUUGAACUGUAACACAAUGACAUCGAAAGUAUAUGUUGUCACGGGAUCGAAUAAAGGCAUUGGAUUCGCUAUCGUUCGCGCUCUGUGCAAACAGAAUGACGGUAUCGUUUAUCUAACUGCGCGAGAUGAAGGAAGAGGACUGAAUUCCGUCGAAGCGUUGAAAAAGGAAGGGUUGAACCCCAACUUUCACCAAUUGGACAUCGAAAGUGUUGAUAGCAUUAUAACGUUCAGAGACUACUUGAAAUCGACACACGGCGGAAUCGAUGUUCUUGUUAACAAUGCUGCCAUCGCGUUUAAGAAUAACGCUACCGAACCAUUUUCGGAACAAGCUGAGGUUUCUUGCCGAGUGAAUUUCUUUGCAACGAUGAAAUUUUGUGAUGAGCUGUUGCCGUUGUUGAGACCUCACGGAAGAGUCGUUAACGUGUCCAGUUCAGCAGGCUACCUCAAGAGAAUCAACGGCAAAGCUCCCGAAUCGUUGGAAUUGCAGAAGAAAUUUGCUGAUCCUAAAUUGACGAGGGACACAUUGGUCUCGUUGGUUAACGACUUUGUGCAGUCAUCGAAAACCAACAUCCACACUUCCAAGGGAUGGCCGAACAGUGCGUAUUCAGUGUCAAAAGUUGCCGUAUCCGCUCUCAGUAGAAUUCAACAGCGAGAAAUGGAUGAGACCAGACCGGAUGAUGACAUUCUCGUCAAUCAUGUGCACCCCGGAUACGUGGACACGGAUAUGACGAGCCAUAAAGGACAUUUGACUAUAGAUCAAGGAGCUGAUGCCCCAAGUUGGUUAGCUCUUCUGGCACCUAAUACUCCAUCGAAUCCGAAGGGGGCGUAUGUUUGGUACGAUAGAAGAAUUGUGGAUUGGGUUGACGGUCUAGAUCCGGGUGCGUAUUGAUAACGGUUGCAGCAAUAAAAUUAUUUGUGAAUCAACAGUGGUGAUGGUUUGCUGAACAUUGGAAGCUUCAACACACACGUCUCUUCAUGCUUUGCUCUUGUUAAUAAAAACAGAAGUUGCAAUACAAAAUUGGUACAGCUGA